CUGGCAGCAGCAAUAGCAGCAUCUUCUCCCUGGGUGAGCCAGGGGGAUUACCCUCUGGGUCCAACUUCCAGCCAACAGGAAGUGGUACCCAGACACUGCGGGGGUUCCUGACGCAGAGCCCCUGGUCUGGAGAUCCUGGCCAAAGGUGUUCUGUGACGGCAGUGACUUCUGUGGUCUAAGUGCCCAUGGAGAAUCUGCGGGGACCCAAGAAGCCUCUGUCAGGGAGGAGAGCCAGGUCUCUGGACAGGUCACACGGCCCCAAGAGAGACUCAGAGUCAUGGGACUGCCAGUGCCUGUCCCUGCCCAUGCUCACCACCCCCUCCAGGCGGCUGCUCCACCGGACGGCCAGCGAUGGCACCAGAUGUCCCCGGAACCCAGCUCAGUCUGUGGAGGCUCAGGACACCAUGGCCACAGCCCUCAGCCCAGAGGAGAACAAGGAGUUUCUCCCCAGUGACCAGAGGCCUCCUCAGGACACCAAGAAUGACAAGGCCCAGAAGCGCGGCCAGCAGGGGUGGCUGAAGACCCUUAAAAACUUCAUUAUGAGGACAGGCCCGGAGGAGCCUAAAGAAAAGGGCAGCCACAAGGCAAAGGGGAAGGACAGCCUCUCCAAGCCUGCAGAAACCCCUGAGACACCGGGGGACACAGCUUCUAGGAAGAAAGCCCACAACAAGAAGGCCAGCCGAAAGAAACACAGUCACAAGAAACAUGUUGCUGAGGAAACCAAGGGGGCCCAAGAUCAAGAGGCCGAAGGCCAAGAGACAGGGUUGCCCAAGGUGGCUGCUGCCCAGCACUCUGAGGAGGCUGACUUGGGCCCAGUACCUAAGGGUGGGGAAGGUUCUGAUCUCCACCAGUCCUUGUCCACUGAGGACAGAGGUCCUGGAGUGUCGGAGAGCUCUUCUCAAGCCACAGGUCACUGGCGGGAAGAGGAGCUCAAAAACCUUGACAAGGAAACUAUCAUCAGGAUGAUAGUGGAAUUUCUCCAAGGAGUGGGAGACCAGUGGGAGAAGGAGUGGCUUCAAGCUCCUCGGCCAGAGGUGGUUCCACAGAACCCAGCACCAGCCGUCAGGAAGAAAUCCCAAGAGAAGAAGUCGAGUCUCAAGAGAGCCUUUUCUCACAAGAAACAUGGCUCUGAGGAGCCUAAGAGAGCGGGGUCUGCAGAUGUUUCCAGCCCGGAGUCCCGGCCGCUCAGGAGGCCCAACUUUCUGCCCCUGUGUGUGGGGGGCCACCAGCCCUCCACCUCCAGCAGCCCUGAUUCGGAGGAACCCCACAUCCAAGAGGCCCUGUCCGCAGACAGCGGGGCUCCAAGACCCUUCGAGCUUGCCACCCAGGCAGGAAGCCAGGGACCCGAAGAGGCCUUGCAGACCAACAGAACCUUGGAAUUCAAAGAAUUCAUCCAGAAGAUCACGGCCCUACUCCAGGAUGCAGAGGAGCAGUGGGGAGAGAAGCUUCAAGUCCAGGAACCAGAGGUGGCCAUGGAAAGCCUGUCCCCACCCUGCAGAAGGAAAUCCCCUGAGAAAAAGUCCAGUUUUAAGAAAGCUUUUUCUCAUAAGAAACACGGCUCCAAGGAACCGAAGAGAGCGGGGACUGCAGGCGUCGCCAACCCAGAGUCCCGACCACACAGGAGGCCCAACUUUCUGCCCCAGUGUGUGGGGGGCCAUCAGCCCUCCACCUCCAGCAGCCUCGAUCUGGACGAUGUCGAGGUCCAGGAGUCCUCGCCUGCAGAAGGGACCCCUGUUGGAUCCUCAGAAGUGUUCUCCCAGAUCAGAGGCCACAAGCCGGAGGAGGAACCGCAGCCGGACGAAGUGUUCGAAUCUAAGGAGCUGAUCAUUCAGAGGCUGGUGGACCUUCUCCAAGAAGUGGAUGACCAGUUGGGGGAGCAGAUCCGACGACACCCCAGCUUUAAGAGGUUUUUACACAAGCUCUCAGACUCCUCCCUCAGGAAGCUGGCAGCCACCCUGCAGAGACAGAAGGCCCACCCUGCAGAGCCAGAAGGUCACCUCACCGAGAGAACUUACCACUUUGCCUUCGGCUCGUCUAACAGAUUUGCCGGCAACGAAAGCCAUGCGGUCCUGAGGCUCAUGGGCCUGUGCUAUGGUCGCAGCCAACACAGCUACGCUCACUUCCCAUGCCGGGUGGCCCAGCAGAACAUCGCAAGUCAUGAAACCCAAAGUCCAGAUUAAAAGCUGUGCUUUAAACUCAAGUUCCCUUGACCUAUUCAAAUAAUUGGCAGCUUGGGGCCUCCUCAGGACCUUCACAGAUAUGAAUGACGACAAGAAGGGAUGGCCGUCUGCGCCCAGGUGCCAUCUUGGGCUUCCUGAGACUGAGACAUACGAAGCCCUCUCCCACUUAGCUGGACAAGGAAGCCAUGCUGGGGAAAGGAGAGCUCGUGCUGGGAGUUAGGAUACCAGAGCACCACCUGCUGACCUGCUCCAAACUUGCUGCAAGACCCAGACUUGUUUGUCUUCCUCUCCAGACCUUGGAUUCUGGCCACGACGACGUAUGCAGCCCAUGGGAUCCCUCUGACUCCACUGUGCUCAAGUGUCUCUAAACGGUGGUGCGGGGGGGUGGGGGGGGGAGGGUCAGUGCUUUCACUCAGUGGCUAACUACGCGCCAGUGAGCUGGAGGCAGUCCUUAAGUCCUCGCUGAAGGAAUGAAUGACGAGACGAACGAGUGUCAGAGCUCCUGAGAUCCAGGCGACUCUGCCAGGCAUUCCUUGGGAGGCCUGGGUCCUCCACUGGAAUUGUGCAACCUGUAGUUCUCUCUCUAGAUUGGGAGGUAGGGAGGAAAUGGGGAGCUACCUUGAUAGGCCCUAGUCCUGAACAUUGGACCAGGAGUCAAAGCCUUCAUAUAAGAGUACCAACUUUCCUACACUUAUUUUUUACUAUAUUUUCCUCAUUGGUAGGGUCUAAAACUAUGUCUACUAUCCUGUGGAAAGCUGGCCAGCAUUUUCUAGAUGUCAAUUUCCAAUGAGUCUUAUUAGUUGUUUUUUUUUUUUUUAAGUUUUUAUUUAUUUAUUUGUCAGAGAAAGAGGGCACAAGGAAGGGGAGCUGUAGGCAAAUGGAGAAGCAGGCUUCCAACUGAUCAGGAUGCCUAAUGUAGGGUUUGAUCCCAGGACCCUAGGAUUAUGAGCUGAGUCAAAGGCAGAUGCUUAACCAACUGAGCCACCCAGGCAUCCCAAGUCAUAGUUUUUUUAAAUACAUUUUUGUCUAACUUCUCACCAGAAUAGCCACAUUCAUUUAACCAGAUGUGCAUUCAUGUGCAACAAGUAAUUUAUUCCGUUGACCAACAGUGCUUAAUGCCAGUAUGGAUUUACUGACACCUCUCAGGAGGUCUGCAGGCCUCAGAGAGAAGACCUAUGGACUGGGGAUCUCUAGUCUCUCAGAAUCCUUCCAAUCCUGUGUCCUAUAAUCCCAUGUCCAGAGAAGGGAUGCUGAUGCCUUGUACCUCUCCCAUCUCGUGGGGUUUUGCCCAGAGUCAGUGAGAAAACAAUGUGAAGAUUUCUGAAAAUUACACAGUGCCUUGUCCAUGUAUGUUGUCAUUCUGACUAUAGCUAAAAUCUGGUUAGUUUUCAGGACAUGGGGAAAGGCUUUAAGCUGGAUUGCCAUGAAUGGUUGCAUGGGUGUGCACUGCCCGAGAACACCCUACCCCAAGCCGUGCUAUUCACUUCCUAGACAUUGCAGACUUGUGGAUUUAUGAUAGCAGUUUUCUACCUGAUGACAGUAAAGUAUCUUGAGAAAGGAGCUUCUUUUUAUUUUUGUACAAAGGCAACGUGUGGGCUAUUAGAAGCUCUGCCUUCUACAGAGCUGAACAGUUUGAAAAGUUUGGCUCAGAUGGGCAAUUUGCCAGAUGUCCAUUAUCUACAUGUCUGCCCAACAGGGUUAUAAACAUAGCCAUUGGACAUUGCCUGGAACACAUGGCCAUAGGGGAGAGAGUAUUAAAAUCUAGACUCUCUCUUAUUACCCUGAUUGGACACUGUAUUGCUGUGUUGAAUGUGGUGAUCACUGUGGGGUAGGACUGGAGAGGGGGGUGAAACCAAGGGCAGAGAGAGGGGCUUUGGACACUUAUAUGGGAUGGCCUCAAACCUGAUGCAAAGUUUUAGGAAGUUCAACAAAGUAUAUUCAGCAAGUCAUUUGGUUUUAUUGCUGAUUCUAAGACAUGGGGGAGAGGUGAUCUAUUUAUGGAUUUAUUUUAGUGUUCAGGAACACUGCCCCAAAAUGCAAAAGAUCAGAAUCAGUUUUGAAAUGAGGGUCAGGAACCUUCUGUACAUAGUUUCUUAUUUGGGAUGAUGUUCUUUAAGUUGUAUGAGUAUUUGGUAUGAGUUCCCGAUGCUGGCAUCUGAGUCUCAUUUUUAUAUUGUUAUUUAAGCAAAUAAAGAAAUUGACUUUU